GUGGAUGUCCAUUCUGAGAAAGGGGCAUGUAUGACCUUUGAAGUCAGCCUGGAUGACAAAGUGAGGAAGAUCAACAAACACAUCAGGUCUAAGACCAAGGUUCCUGUGCAGGACCAGGUUCUUCUGCUGGGCUCCCAGACCCUAAAGUCUGAGAAAAAGGUGUUGUCUUAUGACCUCGACAAGGAGACUUCCAUCCACCUUACCCUGAAGGUAGUGAAGCCCAGUGAUGAGGCGCUACCCUUGAUUCUGGUGGAGUCAAGUGAUGAGGGGCAGAGGCACCUCCUCCGUGUGCGAAGAGCCAACUCAGUGGCCCAGGUGAAAAAGAUGAUUGAGGAUGUGACUGGUAUAACAUCUGAGAAACAGAUUGUGACUUGCAAUGGAAAGAAACUGGAAGAUGGGAAGAUCAUGGAGAAUUACAACAUCACAAAGGGCAGUUUGUUCUUCCUGGCCAGGCAUUGCAUUGAGGGAUGA